AUGCUGUUGCUGCUGCAGAGGGUGCUGCUGCAGCAGCUGCUGCAGCAGCAGCAGCAGUGCCCGCGAGCUUCAAGGGGCCCCCAGCGGCGCUGCCAGGGGGGCCCCUCCGUCUCAAUUUUGUUCUUUCUUUGCUGCAUUUUGCUGCUUGCUGCUGCACCUCAGGGGGCCCCUCUGCUGCUGCCCCGUGGGAGCCCCCCAACGCACUUGGGGGGCCCCCUGUUGGGCCCCCAAAGCCGCGUUCUCCCGAGCUUUGCAGCCCAGCAGCAGCAGCAGCAGCAGCAGCAGCAGCGGGGCCUUCUGCCCCUAGCGUUUGCAGAGCCCUUGGGGGCCCUUAGAAAUUUGCUAAGAAGCAAAAAGAAGGUGGGAGGGGACCCGGGGGCCCCUAAGGCGGAAUGCAGCAGCAAGACUGCAAGCAGCAGCGGCAGCAGCAGCAGCAGCAGCAGCGACAGCAGCAGCAGCAACAGCAGCACUCCAGCAAAAGCAUCAAACCCCGUGGAAGCUGCUAUUGGAUCAGCCCUUGCGCUUGCUGCUGAGCAAAUGGGGAGGCUGCGGCAGCAGCUGAACGCCGUGCUGCUGCAGCAGCUGCAGCAGCUGCAGCAGCAGCAGCCGCUGCAGCAGCAGCAGGAAGGACUAAUGGCAGCAGAAGCACCUGGAAAAAAGAACCGCCACCAGACCCUCCCCAUAACGGAGCUUGCUGCUGCUGCUGUUGCUACUGCAGCGAAGAAAAGGCUAAGGGACAUUGUAAAAGGGCCAGCAGCAGCAGCAGCAGCAGCAGCAGAUGAGGGGGUGCUGCAGCGCGCAGAGGGCGAGCUAGAGGCCUACGUGGACAGCGAGGCGAAGGGUUUGUUUCAGCAGCAAAUGCAGCAGCAGAUCUUGCUGCUGCUGCAGCCGUUUGCUUCUGGGGCUGCUGCUGCUGCUGCAGACAGUCCCGAGGGAAGCCGCAGCAGCAAAGGAGCGGACCCAGAGCAGCAGUUAGCUGCAGCAGCAGCAGCAGCAACACAAGAGUUUGGGCGGCUGCUGCAGCAGUGCGUGCCUUCGGCCCAGGUUCGAGAGCGGUGGGGCUGCCGGGAGCUGCAGCAGCUGCUGCAGCAGCAGCUGCUGCAGCAUUUGAAGGGGCUGCGGCUGCAGCGCAGCGAGCAGCAGCAGCAGGCGGAGACGCUGCUGCGGGUGGUGCAGCACCAGCAGGGGCUGCUGCAGCAGCUGCAGCAGCAGCUGCAGCAGGAGCAGCAGCCCAGGCCCUUCUCCAUGGGCGCAGCCUACAGAGUCCCCGACACAAACCUUCAAGUUGCUGCUGCAGCAAGACACGGGAAGCUGCAGCUAAACUUCACUUGUGUCCCUGAUGACUCUCCUGCUGCUGCUGCUGGGGUUUUGGGGCAGCAGGGUUUUGUGCGCGGCGUAGAGGGCCUGGGCAACCUGGGCCUCAGCUGCUCCUUCUCUAUUUAA